AUUAAUAUAUAUAUAUAUAUGUAUAUAUAUGUGUAUGUGUAUAUAUAUAUUAUAAUUGUAAUUAUGGCAAAAGUUAUAACGAAGAAAAAGAAAUUGAAGAGAUUGUCCACUAAGGAAGAGCUGGAGCUUUCUGAUAAAUCGGAAUUAAUAGAUAAAAUAUUGCAAUUAGAAGCUUAUAAUAUGCAGCUUCAAAUGAUACUUAGAAAAACUGAAACAAAUGAAAUGGAACAAACGAAAUGUCUUAAUAAGAAUCAAAAACAGUUUGAUUUUACAAAGUGUCACAAAAGGCAUAUUUUAUUAAAAUUGUACUACUUAGGUUGGGAUUAUGAUGGUUUUACAUGUCAAGAAGGAAAUAAUAAUACUAUUGAACAUCAUUUAUUUUCUGCUUUAAUAAAAAGUUGUUGUAUAGAGUCUCGUGAAAAAGCAAAUUAUCAUCGCUGUGGUAGAACAGAUAAAGGUGUCAGUGCAUUCUCUCAAGUAAUUAGCUUAGAUGUACGUAGCAAAUUGAAUCCUGAGAAACAAAGUGAUUUACAAAAUGAAUUGUCAUAUUGUAAGAUAUUAAAUCGAUUACUUCCUCAAAAUAUAAGAUGCAUAGCUUGGAGCCCAAUUCCAAGUGAUUUCUCUGCUAGAUUUAAUUGCAAAGAUAGGACAUAUAAAUAUAUUUUUCCUAGAGGAAAAUUAAAUAUUGAUGCCAUGAAUAAAGCCGCUAAAUAUACUAUAGGCACGCAUGAUUUUCGAAAUAUUUGUAAAAUGGAUGUUGCCAAUGGUGUGAUAAAUUUUAAAAGAAGAAUAAUUGAUGCUACAGUUUCUGUAAAACAAAAUGAUUAUACAAAUAAUUCAGGAUACGAUCUGUGUGAAUUAAAAAUAACAAGUCAAGCUUUUCUUUGGCAUCAAAUACGUUGUUUAAUGGGAGUAUUAUUACUAGUUGGUCAAGAAAAAGAAAAACCAGAAAUUAUUUUAAACUUACUUGAUAUCGAUAGCUAUCCAUGUAAACCUCAAUACAAUCUAGCUUGUGAAAUUCCUUUAAAUCUUUAUCACUCGGAAUAUGAAAAUAUCAAAUGGUUCUAUGAUGAAGAUGAAUUAAUAAAGGUUAUACAAAUUUUACAACAAGACUGGUCGAUAAACACUGUGAAAUCAGCUAUGAUCAAAGAUAUGUUAAUGGAUUUAGAAAGUUUACAAAAUUGUACAGAUACAACAUUUCAAAAUGAUUGUUUACUUCUUGGUGUGCAUUCAAAAGUUUAUCAACCUUUAAUGAAAAGAGUAACUUGUGAAAGUUUAGAAAACAGGAUAAAACAUUACCAGAAAAAAGGUAAAUUUGAAUCAAUGAAUUUAAGUAAUAUGUAAUACUUAUAAUUAUCAUUAUUUUAGUAAGAAAUGUAAUCUUUGAAAAAAAAAUGAAACUAAAUGCAGUUAUAUCUAUUUUCAA